UUUUCAUGGGAACCACCCAUUCUCAGAACUCAGAAGAAACCGAUUUUUAGGCAAAAUAGCACGGUAGCAGCAAAAUCCAAAGUAGUUUUCUCUCACCUCUUUAAUGGCGAAUUGGCGACUGUGUCGUCCAGGCCUAGUCAUUUUCUACACUUUUAUAAAGACAGAAAACUCUAAGAACUGAUACGCCAAAACAAUUACGGCUAUGGAGGAGGAGAGGUUCUUCUCUUCCAGAGAAAACCCUAGGAAUUUGGGGUUUUUAUCGGAACGUGGCGCUAGCAACAGUGGCAGCAGCAGCAACAACAACUGCAAGGCCGUGCCCAAUGAUCUCGUUCAAAAGCCUCCACCCCCAAUUCUCGAGCGAUUUAGGUCUCUGUUGAAAGAGAGAGAAGAGGAGAUGAGGGUCUCGGAGGAUAAUGACGUUCGGGCGCCGAGCACCGAAGAGACUGUUCGGCUUUAUGAAGUUGUCCUAUCGGAGCUCACUUUCAAUUCGAAGCCUAUUAUUACGGAGCUUACGAUUAUCGCCGGGGAGCAGAGGGAGCAUGGCGAGGGGAUUGCUGGAGCAAUUUGCGCCCAUAUUAUUGAGGUCCCAGUUGAACAAAAGCUACCAUCUUUAUAUCUUCUGGAUAGUAUUGUGAAGAACAUUGGCCGUGAAUAUGUGAUGUAUUUUUCUUCCCGUCUCCCUGAGGUGUUCUGUGAAGCGUACAGACAAGUCCACCCUAACCUAUGUCCAGCCAUGCGCCACCUUUUUGGCACAUGGUCAGCAAUAUUUCCUGCUAAAGUUCUUCGCACAAUUGAGAUUGAACUACAAUUUUCUCCACGUGCAAAAAAUCAGUCUUCUGGUUUGAAAGCUGUGAGGUCAUCUGAAGACUCUCCAUCUCCUCGGUCAUCUCAUGGUAUACAUGUUAAUCCGAAGUACUUGGAGGAGGUUCAACGAGGAAGAGGGAUUUCUUCCAGUCUACAGAUCUAUGGGCAAAAACCUACAAUUGAAUAUGGUGAACAUGAUUCUGAUCAUGGUGAGGUUAUUUCUCCACGAGUUGUAGUGCAGAGGUUAGAUUCACAAGGAGCUUCAACCCAUUCUUCAGUUGGAAGUGCCGAAAGGUUGCUCCCUACAAAAAUUAGACUCACAAGACCCUCUUCUCCAACAAUUGGGCCUGCUAGGUCUUUGUCACCAUCUAAUGAUGGGUUUUCUGUAGAUAAUUCUCCUAGAAAAGUUGUUGAUAGGGUCUCACCAUCUCAUUCUGGGUCCAUAUAUGGACCUAGGAGAAUGACUGAUAAUGAUGGUGAGAGAAGUUACCAGUGGUUAAAACACUGGCCCAGCAAAAAGGAUCAGAAAGUGGAAACUUCUAGUAUGUACAAUAUCUUCUCCAACAUUGAUGCUUGUGGAAAUUUCCUAGGGAAAAACGUACUCAAUGAGAAACAUUCAAUAAUCAAACAGCUUGAUGUAAAUGGCAUAAAAAGCAAGGAGGCUGCAACAAGAUGGCAGAAUACUGAAGAAGAAGAGUAUAUCUGGGAAGAUAUGAGCCCAACUUUAGCGGAUCGUAAUCGGGGCAAUGAUAUCAGGCCACAGAAUUCCCCUUUUAGUAGCAUAAGCAGAAGAAAUGGUUUGGGAAGACCAAGUGCUGCAAUUUUGGAACCUGAUUUCAAGAAGGGCAAUUGGCCUGACCAGGUUCACUUCUCUGUGCCGGAUGAUUCUGCCGCUUUUGCUGGAGAUGUGGUUUCGAUCUUGGGUUCUGGCCAUUUUUCUAUGGGUAAGAAGCCUCUCAGUGGUCCAGGAAUUCGAAAUGAAUCAACUCAGGUUCAGUGUUCUCAUUAUCCUCAUGAACCUCGGAAUUUUCUUCAUCGCUUCCCUCAACCUUUACAAGAACAUCUUGAUCCCAAAGCUAGAGGAACAGCUGUCCAGAUGACAUUUCCAGCAAGUCGAAUAGUUGCACCAGCCAGCCAGAAUGUGCCUUCUCAGAUUGAUAAGUUUCCAGAUGCUGAUGUACAACCGCCAAGAUUCUCAAGAAUAGGAUCUUCAGGAGCCACUUCUUUGAAUGUGGAGGUUCCAUCUGCUGUGAUGCCAGCUUCUACAUUGCUGAAGCAUGUGGAACAAAGACCUUCCUUGGCUCCACCUAUCUGGCCUCUUGUAAAUGUGUCUAAAUCUCAUCAACCCUGUUUGCUCCCAGUUAUUCCUCAACAGAACCAGAUUAAGAGUCAGUUUGAUAUAAUGGAUGUUAAUAACCCAGUCAAGGGUCAAAUCCCCAAGAAGCCCUUGACUUUGCCUGUGCAGCACUUGGAUGGUAUUGAAAGAAAUGUGCUGCAGUUUGCUAAUCAACAGGCUGGGUUGAUUUCUUUGAAUCAGCAAUACCAGGGUCAUGCCUCUCUUUUACAGCAACAACUACUUCUGUCUCAGAAUGCUCAAGAAAAUUUGGUUCCACCUGCCACUUCUCGGAUUUCAUCUCACAUGAUGGAACAAUUCUUGAGUAAUGGACAUAUGCGACAAGGUCAUGGACCUGUUGUUAGUUCAAUUUUGUCUAAUUCAAUACCUGGGAUACCACCAUCAUCUGUAACUAGUCAUGGUAUUUCAAAUACUCGCUUCCAUUUGCAGGGCCAGGCCUUGCCUCCUCUACCUCCAGGACCCCCACCCGCCUCAUUGCAAAUGGGACCCAUAACUCAAAAUGUGGGUCCCAUCGCAUCUCAUCCAUCUACUGGGAGUGCAUUUUCAGGUCUGAUUGGUUCUCUCGUGGCUCAGGGUUUGAUCUCAUUGACAGCACUAGCUCCAGUCCAGGACUCUGUAGGAGUUGAGUUCAAUCCAGAUCUUCUUAAGGUGCGGCAUGAGUCUGCAAUAAAGGCUCUCUAUGAUGAUCUUCCAAGGCAAUGUACAACAUGUGGAUUACGUUUCAAGUGCCAAGAGGAACACAGUACUCACAUGGAUUGGCAUGUGACCAAGAAUCGGAUAUCUAAGAACCGCAAGCAGAAGCCCUCUCGCAAGUGGUUCAUAACUACCAGUGUGUGGCUCAGUGGUGCAGAGGCAUUGGGAACUGAUGCGGUUCCUGGGUUUUUGCCCACUGAAGCCAUUGUAGAGAAGGAUGACAGUGCUACGGCUGUUCCUGCUGAUGAGAAUCAGAGCACAUGUGCACUGUGUGGGGAGCGUUUUGAUGAUUUUUAUAGUGAUGAAACGGAAGAAUGGAUGUAUAAAGGGGCUGUCUACUUGAAUGCACCUGAUGACCCAACAGCAGACAUGGACAGAUCCCAGCUAGGCCCAAUUGUGCAUGCAAAGUGCAGAUCUGAAUCCACAUUAGUUCCCUCUGAAGAUUUUGGGCUAGAUGGAAAUGCUGGAGAGGGUAGUGAAAGAAAAAGGAUGCGGAGUUAGAUUAGAAUACCGGCAUUAGUCCUGUGUAAAUUAUACCGAGUUUCUUCAUGUUUGCGGUAUGCUUUUCUAAUUUUCUCCCUCGUUCUGGAGCCUGUGAGCUAUGACAUCAUACCAUGCAUAAGCAUGUACAUGUAAAGUUGGGCCCUGUAACAUGCAAAUUCUCUUUCCCCAAAAGCGUAAAAAGUUUUCCCUUCACAGUUGUAUUUUGUCUUCUUUUAUGUUUUCCAUGUUAUUUUACAACUAAUGCACGCUUCAAGGUUCCUUGAUGAGCUGUGCUUGCUUGCAGACAUUAUCCAAAUUACAGGUUCUUAGAUCACCUAAAAAAGCACAUAUAAACUUAAUGAACAGGCUAUUUUUAUCAAAUCACCAUUACGGGGCAGUUUGCUGGAAAACUUUCUGCUGUUUGAUAUGAUUUUCUGCAGGAGGGAUGUCUAGAACGGUGAGUUACUAGCGCAGUUUCCCACUUGGCAAAACCUUUCAACUUUCAGAUUCAGGCUGACGGAUUAGUGAUGGUGGAAUCUAUAGCGUAACAUCACCACCAGCAUCUCUAGAUUUUCCCAAUUUUAUUUUUUUAUUGUCUACCUUUUAUAUUGUUGUCCAUUUAUUGGUAACAAACAUGAGUAGAAAUGCUUUUAUUUUAUGGUGUGUAAGGUACUUUCUUUCUUUUCUUUGCUUCCAAUUGGCACAAUGAUCCUUGUUGAACAGUUUUCAUGUUUCCGUGCA